GGGGGCAGUGUCGCCACAGCAGCAAACCGGUCUCAAACGAUUUUGAAGGAAUUUGACCAGAAUGUAAACAUUGCUCUGACCGGAGACAACUUUUUAGGCAACUCUGGAGUGCCGUCACGACUCGGUAACACACAGUUAUGACCUCGACAUAAAUCCCCUUCGCGGAGGGUAUCAGUUCUGCUGAUAUUCGCGGUCCUUUUCUUGCAGUUUUUUGGCCAGACUUGAUCCAUCAUGACCAAGGACAUCGUUGUUGGAGACGAACUGCCGGACUGGGUGGGAGCGAAGGAAUUUUACCAGAAAUAUGACCCGAAGGAGGUUAUUGGCAGGGGGGUGAGCAGCGUGGUCCGCCGCUGUGUGCACAGGCACACGGGCCAGGAGCUGGCCGUGAAAAUCAUAGAGAUCACCGCCGAGAAGAUGACGGUCCAGCAGCUGGAGGAGGUGAAAAGCUCCACCCUGAAGGAGAUCCACCUUCUCAACAUGGUGAAGGGACACCCCUCCAUCAUCACUCUUAUUGAUUCCUAUGAGUCCACAACGUUCAUAUUUCUAGUGUUUGACCUAAUGAGGCGAGGAGAGCUGUUUGACUACCUCACAGAAAAAGUAACACUGAGUGAGAAGGAGACGAGGAGUAUAAUGCGCGCUCUGCUGGAGGCUGUGCAGUACCUGCAUUCGCUGAACAUCGUGCACCGGGAUCUGAAACCUGAAAACAUUCUGCUGGAUGAUCAUGGGCACAUCAAACUCUCAGACUUUGGCUUCUCAGUGCAGCUAGAACCUGGACAGAAUCUUAGAGAACUCUGUGGAACACCCGGUUAUUUGGCCCCAGAAAUCCUGAAAUGCUCCAUGGAUGAAAUGCAUCCAGGAUAUGGCAAAGAGGUUGACCUAUGGGCUUGUGGAGUCAUCCUCUUCACCCUCUUAGCUGGCUCGCCGCCGUUUUGGCAUCGCAAACAGAUGCUGAUGCUACGAAUGAUCAUGGAGGGUCGGUAUCAGUUCAGCUCUCCGGAGUGGGACGACCGCUCGGACACUGUGAAAGAUCUGAUUUCCAGGUUGUUGGUGGUGGAUACAGCUGCCCGGCUUACUGCAGAACAAGCUUUAGCUCAUCCCUUCUUCCGACAGUACCAGAAAGAGGACGUGCGCCUCUUCAGCCCCAGAAAGUCAUUUCGGGUGUUGAUAGUGAGCGUGCUCGCCUGCAUCAGAAUGUACAGCCGUUACCGGCGUGUGCGGCCGCUGACCCGCGAGGUGCUGGCCAGAGACCCGUACUCCAUCCGCGGCGUCCGCAAGCUCAUCGACGGCUGCGCCUUCCGCAUCUACGGCCACUGGGUGAAGAAGGGCGAGCAGCAGAACAGAGCGGCGCUCUUUCAGAACACGGCGAAGAUCAUGCUGCUGGGGCUGGAGGACUUUGAAACAUAAAACCUCCUCAUUCCUAGACAUAAUGAUUUUUUUUAACCAUGUGCAUGUGCUGUCUUAUGAGUACUGCUGUUGUUUAUGUUACUGUUUAUAUUUAAGAUGUGGACUUCAGGGAUCAGCACAUUUUCAUGCCUUAACGUACCUCGACUCUGAACAAUGCAUGACGGUCUAAUAUAUCUGUGUGUUGAUCCGAACAUGUUUGAAACUCAGCGCUUUUUGCAGUGGAGGUGCACAACCUUUUGAGGAUCAUAAAUUAUACAAUUUAUUAAUACGUAUUUAGGAUUUUAUUGCAGUUAAUGGGGAGAAUAAAUGCACUGUGAUCCGUAGUUUUUGCAGAUAUUUAAAUAACACAUUCAAUCUCAGAGGUAAUCCAGUGUUAAGCAUCCGUACUGUAGAUAUUCGCUAUACGUCAAGUGUGUUUGCACUCAGUUAUGUCGCCCUCAAACAGAAACCCACUAACACGACUGUGAAAACUAACAACUUUUUCUCUACAGCUCCCCCUACAGUCUAAUACGAAGAAGUGCCUGCAGGUACAAAACUGUACAUAUGCAGAUGUAAUUGUACUGUAAGUGCAGAAAGAAAUUUUAUUGACAAUAAAAUAGAUGUCUAAAUUAUA